UCCUCCUUUGUCUCUUGAUUUUCUCUGAGAAUUAUUGAUGAAUGAAUAAAUUCGUCGGGCCAUCUGGAUUCAAAAUUCGGUUGUUUAAGCGGGAGUUAUCAAUUGGCACUCCUGGAGAUAGAAAGAGUGAGGGAAAUCCCAACUACUCACCUCGAAGAACGCGUGCAUGAAAAUUGCGUAGUGAGAAUAGAAAUUGCUAUACAUAAUCGAUAGACAGAUAAAUAUAAAAAAGUAAUGGUAGAUAUCAUCGAUAUAAAUAAUAUCCGAUAAAUAAUCAAUCAAGAAAUACAGAGACCAGACGCAUUUAUUCCACGGGAACCAGAAAUCCAAUCCAUAACCUUUUAUUGCGCUCUACAUCUGAAGAAGGACUGAAGAUGGAUUCAUUCCCUAACUCGAGUAUCUGUUCAAAGACCAUUGAACGGUGGUGUCAUUCAGAAAUUAAAAAAUCAGAAAUAAAUUUCUUAUGGGUUAUUGAUAAUUUCACUGGUAGAGUAAGGGACUUCGCUUCAACUAUUCCACAUGAUAACAACACAUACACCAUACACCUGAUUAGGAACAUGAACGAUACUAUACUCAAUUAUGAGAUCUAUUCAAUCAGGCUUCUUGCACAGAACAUACCCCACAGUUCAACUCUUGAAAUGAUUGUUACAAUCAUUGACCGCCAUGGUAAGAAAUUCGAAACUGUUUCUUUCGGCCCCAGCGAUAUAUCAAGAAAUAUUGAUAUUACAAAAAGAUUUAUCACGCUAAAAGACUUGAUAGAUAAUAGAGAGGAAUGGCUCCCAAAUGGUCGACUUACAUUAUGCCUAAAUCUGGUUGUACACGAAGAAUAUCAAAAUAUCGCAACAGAAAGAAGCAUCAGAAGCAUAUCAAUUCCUAAAAGCAAUAUUGCGCUUGUUUUGGAGAACGUCUUUGCCAAUAAAAGGCAUUGUGAUGUGAAAUUUAUCCUUGGACCAGAUGGCUGCGAGAUUUCAGCCCAUAAAGCUAUUUUGGCAGGUCGAAGUUCAGUUUUUCGAGCGACAUUUGAAGCACAGACGGAAGAGAGCCAAAAAAAUUGCGUAAACAUCCCUGAUUUCUCGCCAGAGGCAUUCACCGAGUUACUGAGGUUCAUUUACACUGAUCGAGUGCAGAAUUUGCACGACCUGGCGAAAGAUCUGCUAAUAAUGGCUAAUUACUACGACUUGGAGAGACUUAGAAUAAUGUGUGAAGAGUCUCUGCGUAAAAAUCUCACAGUUCAAAACGCACCUGAAAUUCUUCUCCUGGCCGAUUUGCAUAACGCAAAUCAGUUGAAGAGGCAUGCUCAGGGGUACAUCCAGAAAAAUGCUAAAUACGUCGUACAAUCAACAGAAUUUCAGGCCUUGCAAGAAACGCAUCCGAAGUAUUCAUUUGAGAUUCUGACAACGUUGGUGAAUAACUUGAUGACGGUUCCAAAGUCGUUGGAUAUGCCUCAUCUUCAGGUGCAAAACAACUUCACUGAUAUCACUCUCAAAAUGGGUGACGAAACACUACAUGCUCACAAAGUCAUUCUAGCUGCAAAUAGUCCAGUAUUUGAACACAUUUUGUUACAUAAUACAGGAAUAACCAAUCAUGUAUUAUCGAUUAAAGACAUUGAGGCGCCUGUCAUGUUAGAAAUAUUAAAAUAUAUGUAUACAGGACAACUUUCAGAAAUAUAUGACACGGACACCUUGGUGAAAAUCUUAUCUGCGACUAAAACCUAUGAAAUAACUGAUUUGAAAACUAUAUGUGCUAGUAGACUGGAAAAAGCACUCACGACGGAAUCAGUUGUCCCCGCUCUGAUUGCAGCUGAUAAUUGUGAUGAACCCCGGCUAGUGCAGAAGGCUUCAGAAUUUAUCGAGUUGAAUAAAGACAGCGUCAUGUCUCUCGAGAACUUCAAACUACUAUGCAAGGAGAAACCAGAAGUGCUGUUCAACAUUCUGAACCUAAAUAUCUAAGAAUAAUUCCUCAAAUCUUGAUCCACAUUUUUAUAUUUUGAUGUUCCAACAUAUGUUUAUAUUUUUAUACGUUCUAAAACAUUGAGAAGACGUUCUUCCAAUUAAUGUUCACGUUUUGUAAUUUGUAAAA